AAUGACUGUACUCAGCAUCAGGUUUAUUUGUGUUUGGGUUUAUAUUUCUUUCUGCUGUGUCUCUGUUUUUUGCAAUAUUAUCACUUGUAACACUGGGGGUCGUGGCUUUGCCUUGAAGAACUGCAGUCUGAGGAGUUCCCAAAUUGGACACAUCUCAUCCUGAAGGACUGCAGACCAUGGAUGGGGUCCACACUCUAGCAGGGAAGAAAGCGUGAAGAGGAAGGAGUGGAAGAGAAAACUUUUUAUAGACUGACUGCAACCCCUAUUCAAUGUCACCCCGAACAAUGUUGGGGAGGAGGUGGAGCAGCUGGGAAUGAAAGAGUGAAUUUUGUGCUGUGAUGAAGAAGGGUGGAAGGGACAGUGCUCUACUUUCGUGCUUGUUCCUCAACAUCCUAAUCUAUAUUCAAAAAGCAAUAAAUUAAAUUAAUUUUUUGAAAUUUGAGUCUGUUUUCUCCAUGACAGUAAUGGGUGUGUGAUCUCCCUGUCCUUAUCUCAACCCAUGAGCUUUUCCAUCUUCUAUUUUCCCUCUUGACCUGUUGCUGAGUAAGAGUGAAGAAGAGGCUGGCUGGAGGGUCUGGCAGGUGUUCAAGAUUAACAAUCUACAGCAGGUCAUGUAAAUAUUAAAUAAUUCCAACAUCAACAGAACAGAAUCUAAUGGUUCAUUUCUUUCACCAGCUGACUCAGAGGGACAAUUUACUGCAUGAUCAGAGCCAGGUGUAUAUUUUUCAUAUUACCACCUUCAAGAAGAUUUGCUCCUGUUCAUGAAAUGAGAGAAACCUUUUAAACCAGAGUAACAUCUUAACCACACCAAUAUUUCCUUUUCCCAAGACCACACAGUCUCCACAGAGGACGGCCGGUACAAACUCUUGGUGAAUCUCUCCCCUUCUUCAAUGACACUGGAGGGGAUGGCUUUGAGCUAAAAGCAGACCCUGUGUUUUAAAGAACCAAUCCACACAUUCCAUGCAUUGAAUACCUGGUAUUUGAGACUCUGAUUUUAUAUUAUUUUGUUUUCAAGGGGCCAGAUUCCCCAUGCAGAGCUGAGCCCAAAAUUCAGCCAUGGUGUGGUCCUGCACAGUCCCAGCACAGAUAGUUCAACUACACACAGGUUGUAACAGAAAUAACUUCUAUUCAAAAAUAUAUUGAAAGAAGAAGAAAGAAGCAAGCAAGCAAGCAAACAAACAAACUAGGAAUAAAAACCCAACAACCCCACAGAGUGUUUUCUAUUCAUUCAGGAAAAGAGGAGGAAACUCACAUCAAAGACUUAAGCAGAGAACAGGCAAUAUCAGGAAAUCAAAAAUUCCCUCAAGGCAAUAGUCUGCCCAUCAUAAGUAAAAAACAUAACAAAAGAAAUAACAUUUAAAAAUGAAUGCAAUCAAAAAUUAAAUCAGACAUAGUAGGUGACAAAGGAACAGAAGAACCCAGACCCUCAAGCCUGACACUGAUCGAACAGGGAUCACUAUCAAAAUCACAACACUCUCCACCACAGAAAAAAUAUCUCCACUGUUUGUGACACCCAGCACAGCCCCCCUGAACCAACAUUCAAAUAGUCAAGAGUGACACUGGCCCCGGGUAAGGGGAUACCCAGCACAUUUACAUCCCUGCACCUGCCCUGCUGCCCAGAGCAGCGGCACCAAAUCCCCACCAGCAGCACCAUCAGCUCUAUAAAGCUCCUCUUGCCAUCCCUGACACUCCACCAACAGCAGCCACUGACCUGCAUCAGGCUCUGCUGCCACAGCCCCUUGGCCAGCACAGCUCUGCUCCCAAGCUCACACCAUGGAAGCUUGUCACUCUCCACAGCAAUUCAAUGUCACUUCAUAUGGAACCAUAACUGUGGCCUUCAUCACCCUGGAGGCAUUUCCUGGCCUGUGGAUAAAUGCCUUCCUUGUUUGUGUGCUUUGCAUUGCCUGGGUGAAAAAGAAAACCCUGAACUCUAAUGAGAAGAUCUUGCUGCUGGUGGGAUGCUCCAGGUUUUGCUAUUUGUGCUUCUCAUGGGUAUAUAAAUUUCUUUCCUUUAUUUACCCCAAUUACCUUUACGUUCCCACCAUACUUCAACUAGCUGUAUUUUUUCAAGCCUUUUUUAAUCAUUGCAACUUGUGGUUUUCUGCUUCUCUUUGUGGUUUUUAUUGUAUAAAAAUUGCCAAUUUCAGCAACAGGUCCUUCAUCUACCUGAAAGUAAAAAUUGACAGGAUUGUGCCCUUGCUCUUGUUGGGAUCAGGGAUUUUAGCCUUGGUUAUUGGCAUCGUUGCCUAUGACAUCGCUGACAAACCGCACUGCAACAACAAUUCCACUGGACGAGGAAAUUUUGGGACAGCAAAUAUCAAAAUGGAUAAACAUUUUUUCCCUUCUUUUUUUCUUGCUGGCUUUGAAUAUGCUGCUUCAUUCAUGGUAGUCAUCUUUGCUGCUGUUUUCCUUCUCUUUUCUCUCUGGAGACACAAGCGCACAAUGCAGACAAACUCCAUGAAGGACCUCAGCAUGGAUGCCCACAUCAGAGCCAUGAAAUCUAUUUUCUCCUUCUUACUGAUGUACAGCAUCAACUUUGUAUGUUUGGUCUUAAAUAUGGUUUAUGUCACAAAGAAGGGAAAUCAUAUGACAUUUCUUAUUGAAGUAUUUCAGUACAUUUUUCCGGGUCUUCACUCCCUUAUUCUGAUCUUCAGCAAUCCCAAAUUAGAAAAGGCACUGCUAAAGAUUCUUCCCUUACAAAGAAGUGUAAGGUGCAAAGUUUGCAUGAGUUAG